AUGGCAGCUAGCGGGUGGAAUGGAAGGACGGUGUCUGUUAUUUUAUCGAUCUUGGUUCUUUCUGGCGUUCAGAUCACACUAUCACAGAACAAUAACACGGAUAACGUAGUCGAGAACGUACACGCAGAGUCCGAGUUUCAAAAUCCGACAAUUUUUCUACCAAUUUUAGCUCGCAACAAAGCUCACACGCUGCCAGUUUUCUUGGCCUAUAUUGACAGAUUGGAUUAUCCGAAAUCCAGAAUGCGAAUUUGGAUACAAAGCGACCAUAAUAUCGAUAACACGACAUCAAUUCUGAAGGAAUGGGUAUCCAACGUGAAACAUACAUACCGCAGUAUAGAUGAGAGUUACGCAGAUGAACCAGAUAAAUACAGUACCGAAGUCGGUCCACUUGACUGGCCUGAAGAGAGAUUCAGUCAUAUGAUUAAGCUACGACAGGAGGCACUUGAUGAAGCACGGAGACAGUGGGCUGAUUUUAUAUUUUUUGUUGACUGCGAUAAUUUUAUUGAAGAGCCCCAGACUCUGAAUCUGUUAAUAGCAGAGAAAAAAACAAUUAUAGCCCCAAUGAUGGAAUCUGACUCAGCAUAUGCUAAUUUUUGGUGUGGGGUCGAUGACCAGGGUUAUUACAUAAGAACACCGGAAUACCUGCCAACAUUACGGAGAGAAAGGAAAGGUUGUUUCCCCGUACCCAUGGUGCAUUCAACAUUCCUUAUCGAUUUACGUAGAUCAUCGUCUUUGAAGCUGCAAUUUAACCCUCUCAAUUCGUAUCGUGGUGACUAUGACGAUAUUUUGAUAUUCGCUUACUCAGCCAAAAUUGCAGAGAUCCAGAUGUAUGUAUUAAACACAUGGUAUUUUGGAAUGUUGUUAAGUCCUUUACAAAAUGAUGACACUUUACACACCAGUAUUGAACAGAUGGUUCACUGUGCAUUGGAAAGCAUGAUUGAUCGCCCACCACUACUGACAUCGGAACACGUCACCGUACCAGUAAGACACACGGAGAGAUUGGGAUUUGAUGAAAUUUACAUGAUUAAUUUGUUACGAAGACCUGACAGGAGAGAGAGAAUGGUGGCCGCAUUUGAUUUACUCGGAAUUGAUGCCACCCUGGUGGAUGCUGUAGAUGGGCAGGAGCUUACAGAUGAGAAAGUGUUGGAGCUUGGUAUAAAGAUGUUGCCGGGAUUUGCCGACCCUUACCACGGCAGAGAACUCACUAAAGGAGAGAUUGGAUGUUUUCUCAGCCAUUACAAUAUAUGGCAGGAGGUUGUGAGUAAAAACUACAGUAAAGUUAUGGUGCUAGAGGAUGAUGUUAGAUUCAAGUUCAAAUUUCUGGAGAGACUGAACGCAAUGAUGGCAGAACUGAAAGAACUACACAUAAACUGGGACAUUGUAGCAAUAUUAGAAGAGACCAAAGAAGCUCAGAAGUUCCGAAAAAGACAAAGUGGAAAUGAUCCUUUCAAGCUGGAGACUGGAGGCUUGGUAGAUAUGAAACAAAUCAAAGACAGAAACAGAGACAGAUCUGAAGAGGAUACAGAUCGUGAUGUUGUUGAUAUGGGAAGUACAUUUGCAGCCGAAACAAACAGACGAGAUGAAGAUGCCGAUAUGAUGAAGUACAUUGAAGAACAGAUGGCCAAAAGGAAAGGUAAAGCAAUGACAAAAGAGGAAGAAAGAAGGCUCAAAUCUGCUGAGGAUCUAUUAUAUGAACUUCCAGCUAGAUUACAAGUUGAGUCAUCUUCACAAAAAACAGAAGAAAUGAUGUCACAUCAGAUGUUGUCUGGUAUCCCAGAAGUUGAUCUUGGUAUUGA